CAGGAGGCGGGACUUGUCGGAAUACGGUUGGGGAAACAUAAUGCCGCACUCACCCCGCCGUUCCCGGAGCAACAGGGAAAAUGGCAGCCCUCACCACCCUCACUCAGCUGUCGAGUGGGAACCCAGUGUAUGAAACAUUUUACAGACAGGUCGAUCCAGGAAACACGGGGAGGGUCGGACCUACAGAGGCCGCUUUGUUUCUGAAGAAAUCAGGCUUGCCGGAUAUCACUCUGGGAAAGAUCUGGGACCUUGCUGAUCCAGAUGGAAAAGGUUUCCUGGACAAGCAGGGAUUUUAUGUUGCUUUGCGGCUUGUGGCCUGUGCACAGAGCGGUCAGGAUGUCUCUCUCACAAGUUUAAACCUCACUGUUCCCCCUCCUAAAUUCAAGGACCCUAGUAGCCCAUCAUUAGGUGGCGCUUCAUCGACUGACAGCCACUGGGCCGUUAGACCUGAAGAGAAAAGCAAGUUUGAUGGUAUUUUCGACAGUCUUGUGCCUGUAAAUGGGUUACUGUCUGGAGAAAAGGUGAAGCCAGUUCUUAUGAACUCGAAGCUGCCGGUGGAUGUGCUAGGAAAGGUUUGGGAUUUGAGUGACAUUGAUAAAGAUGGACACUUGGACAGGGACGAGUUUGCAGUGGCCAUGCACCUGGUGUACCGUGCUCUGGAGAAGGAGCCUGUUCCCUCCGUUCUGCCCUCAUCUCUCAUCCCUCCAUCCAAACGCAAGAAGUCUGUGGGAUCCUUAUCCAGCAUGACCCCCGUGCUGCCAGGAAGCCCACCUCCUCCUAAAGACAGCCUGCGAUCCACACCAUCACACGGCAGCAUGAACUCACUGAACAGCGCUGGGAGCUUGUCACCUAAACACACACUCAAAUCCACACAGCACUCUGUAAACUGGGUGGUGACAGCAGCAGACAGAGGACGCUACGAUGACAUCUUCCUCAAAACCGACGCCGACCUCGACGGCUUUGUCAGCGGCCAUGAAGUGAAAGACAUCUUCAUGCAGUCUGGCCUUCCGCAGAACCUUCUGGCACAUAUAUGGGCUUUGUCAGACACACGGCAGAUUGGAAAGCUGACACGAGAGCAGUUUGCUUUGGCCAUGUACUUCAUUCAGCAGAAAGUGAGCAAAGGAGUGGAUCCUCCACAGGCACUGACCCCAGAAAUGAUCCCUCCGUCCGAGAGAGGAACCCCUAAUAUGUCAGGGUACAUGACGCCUGUGGGCUCUGAGAUGGUAGCGCUGACUGAAAUGCGCAGGGACAGCUCCAGUUCUGUGGGAUCUGGUGAAUUUACAGGAAUCAAAGAGCUGGAUGAUCUGAGUCAGGAGAUUUCUCAGCUGCAGAGGGAGAAAUACACACUGGAGCAAGACAUCAGGGAGGCAGAGGAAGCCAUCAGACACAAAACUACUGAGGUUCAGGAAAUGCAGAAUGAUCUGGACAGAGAAACAUGCAGUCUGCAGGAGUUAGAGGCCCAGAAACAGGACGCUCAGGAUCGACUGGACGAGAUGGAUCAGCAGAAGGCCAAGCUGGAGGACAUGCUCAAUGAAGUACGACAGAAGUGCCAGGAAGAGUCCCAAAUGAUCUCGUCGCUCCAGAGUCAGAUCCAUUGUCAGGAGUCAGAUCUGCUGAACCAGGAGGAGGAGCUGAGUCGGGCUAAAGCAGACUUAACCCGGCUACAGCAGGAGGAAAGUCAGUUGGAGCAGAGUCUGCAGGCCGGAAAGAUCCAGCUCGAGACCAUCAUCAAGUCCCUGAAGGCCACGCAAGACGAGAUCAACCAGGCUCGCAGCAAGCUCUCUCAGAUUCAGGACAAUCAGCACGAGAUCAGCAAAAGCAUUGAGCAGUACAGCAGUGCUCUGAACGGUACACAUGGAGGCAGCAUGACUAACCUAGCUGACAUGAGCGAGGGGUUUCCCGACAAGGAGAACGGGGGCUUUGGGGUCAUGGAUGACCCAUUUAAAGUGAAGGCUAAUGUGUUCAGCACGAACUCUCAGGAGAUGCACACAGACCCCUUUCAGUCUGAAGACCCUUUCAAAUCCGACCCUUUCAAAGGUGAUCCCUUCCAGAAUGAUCCUUUUGCCAAGCAGCCUCCCACGGCAACAGAUCCAUUCGGCGGAGAUCCAUUCAAAGAGACGGACCCAUUUAAGACCAUGUCAGAAGACUUCUUCAAGAGACCGGCAAAAGCUGAUCCCUUCACCAGCUCGGACCCUUUCAGUAAAAGUGCUACACUUCCUGUAAAGGUUUGGCUCACUGAACUGGCUGAGGAGAAAGAGGACUCAGAAAGCAGUCUCAUAACUUCUCGAGUAACGACCCCUUCGCCUCCACCAGCCCCAAACACAAAGGCUCAGACCCCUUUGGGACUCUGGACCCUUUUGGCAGCAGCUCAUUUGGCAGCAACAACAGUGGCUUUGCUGAUUUCAGUCAGAUGUCGAAGCAGAACUUCUCUGAGGACCCCUUCGACCAAAACCAGGACACUCCAGCUCUCCCACCCAAGAAGACCAUACCGCCUAGGCCCAAGCCUCCCAGCGGUAAAAGCACUCCAACUAACCUAUCCGGAUCUGUGGAUUCAGCCAAGUCGAGCGAUCCCUUCCAGCCCUUUGGCUCAGACGCUAAUGACCCGUUUCAGAAUAAAAAGGGCCCCAGCGACCCGUUUAGUGGCAAAGAUCCGUUUGCUCCAUCUGCUUCAAGUAAAGCCACUAAAGAUUCUUCCUUGGGUUUUGCAGACUUCAGCUCUUUUGGGAAUGAGGCGCAGCAGAUGGAGUGGGCCAAGCGCGAGAGCGAGCGAGCAGAGCGUGAGAGGCUGAAGAGACUCAGGCAGCAGGAGCAGGAGGACCUGGAACUGGCUAUUGCACUCAGCAAAGCUGAGAUGAACAACACCUGAACACCGGCUCUUCCCUCUCAUACAUCAUCUUUACAUCACUGCAGCAGAGGAAAGUGUGUGUGUGUGUGUGUGUGUGAGAGUGAUGGAGAGUGAUUGAGAUGUGUGUAAUAAGUUUUUAAUGUCUUAAACAUGUUUUAUUUUAAUGUAAUGACGGGGCAACCCAUGUGUUAUGUGAAUGGGCUUGUUCAUUCUACAUGCACUGACUUAACCUGCACUACCCUGACACUGUGUUUGAGUGUGUGUGUCUGUGUGUUUGUGUUUGUGUGUAUGUGUGAUAGAGAGAACUCUACCAGCCAUAGUGAUUUUAAUCAAGAAAAAUACAAUUCACACAUUUCGACUUUACCCCAAAGACAUGUUUGGUGUCUCUCGUAUGCAUUUUUAGGAUUUUCUUUUUUUCUUUUUUUGCAUGCUUGGGAAAAUGUGCAGUCCAGUGGAGCUAAAACAACACCCCAAACAUGUGCUGUCAGAAGAAGAAGCUCAUUGGCUGCUGAGUUCCAUGUUGGUAAAGUCAUUACCUUUGUGUUAGAAAACAUUCUCACAGACCUGAAGCAUGUAAAGCCAGCCAGCCAUAUCAAUGCUGCAUCUCAGGGCAGCGUAAUUCACUCGGAAACUGCUGUCGGUCCUCUUCCACAUACAUGAGCACUGUUUGUACAGACGUUAAAAACUGGCAAAGUUCUUAUAUAAAAAAAGACACCAACCAAGUAUAAAAUUGGGUAAAUUAGAUGCAAAACCAUUCAUGAAAUUCUGUAAUUUGCCUUCAAGGCAAAACACUAAAAUUAGAAUGCUCAUGAUUUCUUAAGUUUUAGUCACUUCUCUAUUUUCCUGUCCUAGACACUGAGCUGAACAGCCUGGUUUGUGACUGACUGGUGUCUAAUAUAAUUAUUGUUGGUCUGACACACACACACACACACACACACUCACACACACACACAAAACUCCAGUCUCUGCACAGGUUCAGAUUUUCUUUGCCGAUUCGACUCUGCAACUUGUUAGUGUUCAUGAACGCAUGAUGUAUAAACCUUGACCCUGUGCAGGAGAGGCUAUGAAAUAAUCCACUCGUAUCAUUUUUCAUUUUGUUUUAAUUUGCUGCCGAUAAUUGAGGAACCCCCCCCCCCCCCCAAAUUAAAGCUUAUUUGUUCUCCAUAAGCACAGUCCACUAAAGAUGGUGAAAUGCAAUGAUAUUUGUCCUGAUCUUGUUCCAGACUCUGAUUAGAAACAGCUUGUGAACAAAUUCUGCUAACAUUGCCAGUUCCCUGCUUUACCCUUUCAGUAUUAAUCAAGAUGUUUCCUGAGUUCUUUUACUAAAACAUUAUUGUAUUUUACUUGAACCGCCUGCCAUGUUUAAACCUGUGGUUUUAAUAUUUUGAGUUGCUUGAAGUGAAUUUGUUCUUGUUCAAACUUUCUCACCAUGGACACAUGGACUUUAUAGACUUCCUCAAGCUGCGAACAUUAACUGCUCACCCUUCAGCUGCAGUCCUCUCUGUUGGCCAGGGAAAUGAACUUGGUUCAGGGACUAGCAGAGUUGGGAUGAAGGUGCCGCUGAUAUUCAGCGUGCAAUUUAGAAUCACUUGCUAACUGUAACAUAGCCUACUGAAAGACAAAUAUUUUUGGUUUGCUCUUGUAAUACUCUUUUGCCAAUCAGUGGUGUGAUUUUAGUUUUUAUUUCUUCCCUUCCUGUUAUGAGUAGGCAUGUGCAGAAUAUUGAUCAUGUUACACACCAAAUAAGGAGUAAAACAUUGUGUUUUAGGCACAUAAUCAACAUUGAGUUGGUGUGAUGCAAAGACCUAUAACACCUUUUAAUGGAUUUUUUUUUCCCAGUUCAUUUUUAUCGAAGAAUGGCACAUCAUACAUUUUAUUCAUUAGUAGAGAUAUAAUGCUGAGGUACAUCCAUAUUACUAAGAAACCUCAGAGUAUAAACUCCUCUAUCGUGAUGCGUUGGAACAGUUACAAUAUUUUACACCGGAAAUGACUCCUAUAAAAAGAGAGAAUGACCAAAAAAAGACCAUCAAGUUCCCAUGGACACUGUUACUAUGGGAACAAUAAUGUAUAAGAAUGAGCCCUUCAAUAUAAACCUGUGAUUUAUAACAGAGAUGCUGUUAUAGAAAAUUCAUCAACGUUUUCUGAUCGAUCAGAAUCCAGAAUUCAUGGUCAGACAUGAGCACAUGCCUACUCAGAAACACGCCACUUUUGUUUAAGCGUUAAGUUAACAGUGUUACCGUGUUAGUCUGGAUGAACUGUUUUUCUACAUCCUGAUGAACCUCCUUUGAAUAGAUUUCUAUCUGAAAAUAAGUCUUGUUAAAUUGAAUUUCUGUACAGACAGAUGUUAGGUUCUGUUAAUAGUUUACACCAUCUUAAACUCAUUCACUUCCUCUUUUUAUUUUAUUUUUUUUAAUUAUUUUUUUAUUUUUUUGGGAGCUAAAUAACAUGAAGCCUCACAUUUCAUUAGAUGCCCAGUCGUGCUGUACUUGUCUUCGUUACCUCCAUUGUGCAAUAGUUUGUAUAUUUUUAUUUGUGUACUAAAAUACCUGUAAACUCAUUUUUAACUUUCUUAUUUCUGUUUGGAAAUGUGAGUGUUUUUAAAUGCCUGUUCAUGUCAAAGCAGAUGAUCCACCGAUCUCGCGCUGGUUGCGCUCUUUUUGGCCUGAUUUAUUCCCUCGCUUGUAGACAUCCAACAAACCAAAUUAUUAAUCACCAUACUGAAAUGCAUUUAAAAACCAUGAGUACAUAAUGAAUAUCACAUAUUAUAUUUGUCUUAUUAAAAAAACUCCAAACAUGUAACUGGAAGCAUUUAAAAAAACGAUUACAGAAAUGAAGUGUCACUAGAAAAGCUUGGAUUUAUUUGAUGAUACCAAUGCCUGCUAUGUGGUCCUUUGUUUCACAGAAUAAAAUAUAUACCAUUUCAGGUAAAUAAA